UCAGCCGCCUGUCGCUGCGCGCUGCCGCAGGACGGGCCGGACGGGGCCGGGCCCAAUGCUGCGCUGGCUGAUCGGCGGCGGCCGGGAGCCGCAGGGCUUGGCGGAGAAAUCCUCUGUACAGACAAUUGGUGAAGAGCAAAUACAGAAUCCUUACACGGAACUCCUUGUGUUGAAAGGCCAUCAAGAUAUAGUACGAUUUCUAGUACAAAUAGAUGAUUGCAGGUUUGCAUCUGCAGGAGAUGAUGGAAUCAUAUUUCUGUGGAAUGCUCAGACUGGAGAAAAACUUCAUGAACUUCAUGGGCACACACACAAAAUUACAGCUGUAGCACCAUUUUCUUCAUCAGAUGUUACUGAGGAAAAAACUGAUUUGAUUAUAACAGCAUCAGCUGAUAGAACAGUUAUUGUUUGGGACUGCACUAGUGGCAGACAGGUUCAGAAAGUGUCGUGUUUCCAUUCUACUGUGAAGUGUUUGACAGUUCUUCAAAGACUGAAUGUAUGGUUGUCUGGAGGGAGUGAUCUAUGUGUUUGGAACCGAAAAUUAGAUCUCUUGUGUAAGACCAGUCAUCUUACUGAUGCAGGCAUCAGUGCUUUGGUUGAAUUGCCGAAAAAUUGUGUUGCAGCAGCAGUUGGCAAAGAGCUAAUAAUUUUUAGGUUGAGUGCUACUAACAAUGGGUCUGAAGGUUGGAAUAUUAUUGAAGUAAAGCGCCUUGUUGACCAUCAGGAUAACAUUUCAUCAUUAGUCAGUGUCAAUGAUUUGACUUUUGUGACAGGCUCUCACAUAGGUGAGUUAAUAGUUUGGGAUGCACUUGACUGGACAAAGCAGGCAUCUGAAUGCAACUUCUGGGACUCCUCUGUCCAUCCGGAUGUACAGCCAGAAAUAAAGUUAUCCCAAAGCCCACAUGAAACUUCAGUUCAACACUUAACGUCUGACAACGAGUGUGUGUUUGCUGCUGUUGGGAAAGGCAUAUACGUAUAUAAUCUUCAAAUGAAGCGUGUGAUUGCCUGCCAGAGAACUGCUCACGAUUCCUCUGUGCUGCACAUUGAGAAGCUUUCAAACAGGCAGCUGAUUUCCUGUUCAGAAGAUGGCAGUGUGCGCAUUUGGGAACUCAGAGAAAAGCAGCAGCUGCCAGCUGAGCCGGUUCCGACAGGGUUUUUCAACAUGUGGGGAUUUGGAAGGGCAAACAAGCAGGCAAAUCAAGCUGCUAAGAAGAUGCAGGAGAAUACACCUGUGUAUUUCUUGGAGCUGGUUGGUGAUUUGAUUGGUCAUUCAUCAGCUGUGCAGAUGUUCCUGUACUUUGGUGAACUGGGAUUGGCUACAUGCUCUGCUGACCACCUCAUUAUUUUGUGGAAGGAUGGUGAACGAGAAUCUAGCCUCCGCAGUUUAACACUAUUUAAAAAAUUGGCACAAAAUGGUGACUUGCAGCUCAGACUUUAAAUUGUUUGAAUACGGGCUGCAUGUAUGUAAACUGGAUGUGUGUUAAACAUGAGUGUAAAGGUACUGAGCUGGGAAUCAACCAACUACUGGUAAAGCUUACACUUGAUGUCAUGUGUUAUAUUGGAACUUCUCUUAGUUGCUACUCUUCUCAAAGGAGAAUUUUGCAUUUUGGUAUACCAGAAAUGAUAUUCUCUUGAAAGACUGAAGGUAAAGAUGGCUCAUUAAAUAGUUUCUAAUAUUAUUCAGAAUGUUUAAAAUUAUCAUGGAUGAAUGUCAAAAUUAAGAAUUGUGAAAUACGUUGGAUGGAUCAUUAUGAAAGCAGUUGAGGGCAUCCACAGUGCAUGUGCAGGAAGAAGGCACGGGAAGAAAUCUGCAGCUUCCUUCUUUAUCUAAUUUAUUUCUAGAAGCUGAACUUUCCUCACUGAUGGCUCAGAUUUGUGCAUAUACAGAAAGCCCCAAAAGAAAGCAUUCUCGAAUAGAAAUUUUGCACUUAAUGUUAAUAUCCUGCACCAGUGGUAAGAAAAAGAAAAAAAGGUAGGUAAUGCCAGUUUGUCAGGUUCUUAUUUUUGGCAAACUGAGGUACAUAGAAACUGUUUACUAGUAGUAGCUGAAGUUUUACGUGGACUAUUCUACAUUACUGGAGUUUAUACAGCACCAUUACCAAGUCUAGCAUGCAGUGUGAUUAGCUUGGUCUUUCCAUAGUGCAUUCAUCAAAUUAAUUUGUAUCUAAUAAAAAGCAUUUGCCUUACCUUGAA